AUGCUGGCAGGCACUCGUCACUCGAUGGCGAGAAGCGUCGCGCCAGCCCGACUCGCCGCCCAUGCAGCUGCUCCCACGGCAGUGAUUGCUCGUACCUUGUGUGUUGGUAGCAUUCCCAGUCGUAGCAGCAGCAGCACUGGCAGCAGCAGCAGCAACACUGGCAGCAGCAAUCCCGCCGCCGCACGAGUCGUCUUGGCCGGCCCUUCCGCGCUGCCCACUGCCCGCUGUGUUGCAUCCACCGCCGCCGCAGUGCCACUACUCGCUCCACAUGCCAUGUUGCCCAGUCCAGGCGUCGAUGUGGGCGCGUGCACACCCGCCGCUGCCCUCGCCGCGCCAUGUCGGAGGUGUCACACAUGGCGAUCGCAGAAUUCUGUUGGAGCGCCCACACUGGCGACCGCUUUGCUGGCCAGCCCCCAUGCUGCUGCGGCCUCGUCGACCUGCAGUGAUGCCAGCCUGGAUGUAGCGCCAGCACAUGCAUCGCGGAGGUGGUUGUCGACGCUGUCUGCCAGCCGCCGCCCAUUCUCGAGCCAGCCGCCGUCGCGAUCAGAG